UUCUAACCUCAAAAAGUUCAAAACACGUUGGAUUUCAAAACAAACACAUCCUGCCAGGAAAAUGGGGAUUUCGGUGGAAAAUAGUAUAAAGCUGUAUAUCGGGGGAGAGAAUGACCAUUUUCACAACAUUUAUUUGAUCCCACAUUCGCUGAGGCAUCCUGAAUGGCCAGGAGAGAAAACCAUCUGUUUGACUAACAUCCCACCGUAUAUCUCAGAGGAGAACCUUAGGACUGUCUUUUCUAAGUUUGGCAAAAUUGACAAAAUUGCCCUUUUCACGAAUAUUAAGGAUCUGCAGGCAUUUUCUCAAUCCCCGGAAAGUUCAAAAACUUCCCAGGAAUUUAAGUGGAAGACAGCUUAUGUGGCUUUCAGGAUGCUCAGUAGUGUUGAAAAAGUGUCGAAGGUUAAGAAACUCGUAGCUGAAGACAUAUCGACAGGGUUGGACAGGUGGAUUUCUGAAUAUAAAUCCCAGUAUCCAAAUCCCGAGAGAUUGCAGGAGGAAAUCGAUGAUUUCAUGCAGAAAUUCGACGAGGAAGAGCAGAAAGCCGAGGAGGAGGCAAAAGACCAAGCAGCAGAUGACGAAGGUUGGAUCCAGGUCUCGAGAAAAUCCACAAAAGAUGCCUUCAGACUCACGGAAAAAGGGAUAAAGAGCGUAACUGAGAAGCAAGAUGUGAGGAAAAAGAAAAAGGAACUGAAGAACUUCUACAGAUUCCAAGUGACAGAGUCCAAGAAGCGAAGGAUUAUGGAGAUGAGGAAAAAGUUCCAGGAGGACAAGGAGAAAGUUGAGAAGAUGAAGACAAUGCGACGUUUCAGACCAUUUUAAUUUUAUUUGCACAAAAUACACUGAAGAUUUCCGGAAAAAACUCGGAAGUGUUUUAUUA